AUGGAUCAUUCGACUCCUCUUCCACUUCGAAUCCCCAUCAAGCAUCGCAACGAACCAGACUGUACAUGCGACCGCAGCAAUGUCGAAAGACUCCGUCGUUUUCUAGCCUUCUGCCUCGCGGUCGACUACGAAGUCCAGCACGAUUCUCCCGAUAAACUGACCAAAGACGACUUCGUGCACUUCGUCCGACUGGCUUCCAAGUGCCUCGCCAACCGCAGGCCUCUACCUGCUUUCCACGGCAAAGGUCUCGUCUUCGACGCCUCUCUGCACGUCUGGUUCGUCGGCGAGCUGGAGAUUGAAUGCCAGCUGCUGGAUCCGGCGAAUCGACUGGGCGUUCCGCAUGCCGUGGUGUUUUCCAUGUUGAGGAUGUUCGUGGGAAGCAUCAGGUGCGUCUUCACGGGAUAUAAGUCUAGAGUGCGCUGGAUGGCAAGUCAGUACGGGCCCAGGACCUUGGCGGCGAAGCUUCUCUACGAUCGGAAAUGCAUGAUUAAUACCGUAGUCCGAGAUAUGGAUCUGAGAGUUCGAAUGAGAGAGAAAGGCAUGGUGUUCCAAGGAGAGUGGUUCGCAACACUGGAGAGUAUGGAUGAGUACGAAAUGUGGGCUUAUGAGAGUUGGGAACUCGCGGACAAGAAGAGGUCGGCCGGACCAAAUCCCCUCAAGGGCCUACUGGCGAAGAAGUUCGCGCUCUCGACAGAUUGCUGCCACGCGGAGCAGUUGGUGGCCUCGCCUUGGUUGCACGCCAUGUGUGAGGGGAAGCUCUGGUGGGCUCCGAGAAAGAGAAUACCAAUGAGACCAAGGAGAAGGACUUCGUCUGACUCCGGACAAGGUCUCCUCGAAAAGACAUUCUCACCGCGGCCUCAAUCUCCAAGUCAGCAACAGACUUCAUCACUUGUUUUGAAGAGACCCGGCACUCCUGCAAGACAUUCGGGAUAUAGCUCGAUUCGAAAUUCGGGAUAUGGACCUGGUAUUCCCGUGCGGCUGAGUUUCGAUUACAACUAUCGCAUGUCUGGUCGGAGCUUUUGA